AUGUCUCUCCGUCUCGGCUCAACAGCUCCAAACUUCCAGGCAGAAACCACACAGGGCAACAUCGACUUCCACGACUGGAUCGGCGACUCAUGGGCCAUCAUCUUCUCCCACCCAGCAGACUUCACCCCAGUCUGCACCACAGAGCUCGGUGAGAUGGCCAGGUUGCAGCCUAAAUUCAAGGAACUCGGUGUCAAGAUCAUUGGUCUCUCCGCCAACAAGCUCGACUCCCACGAGAAGUGGAUCCAGGAUGUCGAUGACAUUGCCAGUGUCAAGCUCGGUUUCCCCAUCAUUGCAGACCAUGAACGCAAUGUUGCGCUCAAGUACGACAUGAUUGACCAACAGGAUGCUACCAAUGUCGAUGAGAAGGGUAUUGCCUUUACAAUCCGUUCCGUUUUCUUCAUUGACCCUGCCAAGAAGAUUCGCACCAUUCUCGCUUACCCAGCAUCCGUUGGCCGUAACGCAGAUGAGAUUCUCCGCAUCAUCACAGCAUUGCAGUACGGUGACAAACACAAGGUGACGACACCCAUCAACUGGAAGAAGGGCGACAAGGUGAUUGUUCCUCCUACCAUCAAGUCUGGAUCCAAGGAGAUUGAGGCAUACCCAAACGUUGAGGAAGUCCGUCCUUACCUCCGAUACACAACCAAGGGUAUCGACGCUUAA